CGGAACAGGACAGGGAUGGGAUCCGCCCCGUUACCUGCCACCGGACCCUCCGUCAGCGCGCAGCCCCGCGCACGCGCGGUGGGCGGGAGCGGCGUUGCGCGUGCGCCGCGGGGAGCGCGGGUUUGUUUUGUAACGUCCCAGCGGGCUGAGGCGGGAGCGGCGGCAGCGCUGAGGAGGGGGAGGCAGCGCCGGGGAGGCCUCACUUACCCGCCCGGGGCUUAUUUGUCUGGUGUCAAUUUCGGCAGUCUCCUGAUAAUGAAACCCCGCCACACAUCUUCCAAUAAAAUGGGGAAAUCAACUGGUGGGAGAUCAUCAAAAAGUCCUUUUAAAUCACAAAAUCAACAAGGGCCUUUCAGCAAACAAAAGGGAGCAAAUGAACAAGGAAGAAAACAAGGUCAAAAAAGACAGCAGGUCCCUCAGAUAGCCAGAAGGGAAGUUAAGGAACUGAAGGACAAUUCCCCUGCAGGAGAAAAUGGUUCUUCAAAAAAGGUGAAGCUGUCCAGUGCUACAAUAGGAUCUUGGCAGCCUCUCUCAGAGAACAGCAGGCUUUUCCUGGAAAAUGUAGUGGAUUCAGUAGUACUAUCUGUUUUGUCCCAACAGAGGGAGAGAAAAGAUGAUGUUCAGAAGCACCUCAAUGUACUGAAAGAAAGGGUGCUGAGAAGUUUCAAGACUUUAAAAGUCCCUCCAGGGAAGCUGGGCAACCUGAAGAACAUCCUGAGCCUUCAAAUGGCAGAGAAACAAAUGCUUGAGACAAAUGAGGAGUCUUUGGUACAGUUGCAGGAAGAAAUAACUGAUGCGGAGCGGUCAGCGGAUCGCAUUGAGGAAAGUGUACAGCAGCUGCAGUACAAAAUCCAGGUGCUCAAGAACCAGUUAGAGGAAGACGAAAAAGAGGCCAGGAAGGUAUUCCAGGAAAAUGGUAGUGGAGCACUCCACCUCCCAGAACUCCCGAAGCGCAGUUUUCAGGCACCUACUUUGCAGGAGGAAAUUUUGAAGGUAAAGAACCAGAAGGGCCUUUUGAAGGAUAUGAAUGCUAUUCAGCAGUCAGCUGACUUGAAGAACUUGUUAAACCUCAUUGAAAAGACCUAUGAGAAGGUAGAUUUGCUUUGAGAAGUUCAAAUAUGUGGAGUCUCCAUGCUUAGCUUGGAAACUGCUUUCUUCCUAAUGGCCUUCCUGUUGCAACUGCUGAAUUUCUGUUAAACCAUUUUCUAUUAAUAGUGGCAUGUAAAUCUGUAGAUAUAUUCUGGGACUCAAGUAAUUUAAGUCAUCUGUCAAGGUUUUUGGUGGGGUUUUCUGACUUGGGAUGACUUCUAAUGGUGAUAUAUCCUCCCUUAGGAGAAGGGAAGGAAAUGGAUUCUGGGUUGAGUGUUUUUACAGAUAAGGGAACUAUUCCAUUGUAUUUGCCCUUCUAUAUCUAUAUCUGUAAAUCAAUGAAGUGUGUUUUACCAAACUAGCUUUUCUUUGGGACUCUAAUCUUUAAACCUGAAACAGGUAGUAAAAAUAAGCUUAUCUAAUACUCAGUUGUAAAUUCCCUGUUGAACUUUCUUACUAUUUUUUAAUAAAAAAUCCUCAAUGGCAGGAAAUGAAAUAAUUUUUAUGAAAUGUACAAAAUUGUUUUUACAUCUUCAUUACUUAAUAAAAAAACCCAACAUUAAACAACAUAAAGUACUUUUUCAGGUCAAAUUACCUGCUGGAAGCCAGCAGUGCUCUUUACACUGACUUGCCACAUAAACUGUUGUUCUUCUGUUUACAAGUUGCUGGUACUCUUAAUGAGGCAAGAGCUAAUUAUUUCUGUUCUCCUAUAAGGGAUUGAAAGCCUCUCUGUAGUUAGAAUGAUGGAAUAUCUCAAGUUGGAAGGAACCCGUAAGGAUCUCUGAGUCCCAGCUCUCUCUGCUCCUCGCAGGAUUACCUAAACCAUACAGGAUGAGGAAAACCAGAUUAAGUACUUGCUUUAUCCUGAAUCACAUGGAAAGGAAUAUAUUUAGAAAUAUUUCUCAAAUUUGUGAUCACUUGGAAAAGGGAGCAUUUACUGAUACAACCAUUAUUCCAAAAUCAUUUAAGCCAGAACAUGGGUUAAAGAUCUUCCUGCAUGCCAGGAAAAGGUUAAGUAAAGAUAUACUCCUUUGCUUUCAUUAAGGGUGAUUUACUGUGUGGGUUUUGAACUUCUUGAACCACAGAGAGACGUUUUUCUUUUUAAAAAUCUUUUAUUUUGGAAAGAAAGUGUGGAGAAGGGCAGUGGGUAGGAGUCAGAUACAGCUUCCACACAAGGAAGUUGAAACAGCAGUAACUGAAGAAUGAGCUUCUGCACUACAGGGCUGGAGAGUUACAGAGGCACACCAUAAUUAAUUACAUUUUCUUCCCUCAACACUGGGUGAUUUAUGGUAGGCUGGCUGCGGGGGUUGUUACUUUGGGGCUGUCAUGCACACAUAACCAGGGCAACGUGAGCCAGGGAACAUAAAUCCAGACAUUUAGGAGGUGGCCUUAGCUUGUCUUGAUGGUGGAUACUCUUGGACAGAGUUGUAGAAUUAGAUUGUUGGUUUUGAUGAGGUUUGAGGCCUCUUCCAGAAGGUUCACUGUUGAUCAGUGUAUGUGGAGCUGUGGCUGUGUAUGAUUUGACCUGGGAGCACCUGGAACUUCAAUUUCACAAACCUUGGCUUUAAGUAGGUAUGUGUGUAUGCUUUAUUUACUGAAUUUAUCCAUUUAAAGAAUACCCAGGAAAAUCUUAAUGAACCUCUGGACUCAGGUCAACUUGGCUUAGGGUUUUACCUCAGAAGUGAUCUACAGCAAGUACAGAACUCUGAUUUCUUUGCGUAUGGAAAUGGAAGGAGUCAGGAGAAGAGCCAAGGGAAGAAGCUGCACUGGAGCCAUUGGGGAAUAUCAGGAUAUCCAGAGCAGCUUUAACCCCAUCUGACGGCCAAGGUCAAACAGCUGUUCUGUUCUGACAGCCUGAAGCUCUGAACAUCCCACAUUUAUCUCCUAGUACAACCUAAGCACAGCUUCGUGGUCCAAAUGUCCUUUGGGAAAAACCUGGACAGCAUUUUUUGGGAUAUGUUUUCAACAAACACUCAUUGCCAAGUGAAAAUGGCAGCAAGAAUAAGAAAGCUGAGGGUCUGUUAUUUAGCCAAGAUUAGGUGAUCUAAGAGAUUAAUCCAUGAGCCAUCAAUUAGUUCACACUUCUGGUCCAUUUCUGCCCUCCCCAAUAAAUAAAAAAACAACAACACUUUGAAGUACUGAAAACCUUCAUUGAAAUACGGAUUAUUUUGGUGAAAGAAUUAAGAAGACAGAUCUAAUCGAAAAGUAAAUUAAAGAUUUUUCAAACACAGUGGAUGCUGAUUGGAGCUCUAGGAACGUGCUGUGGCACAUAUUUCAUAGGGUUUGGGGAUGAUAUUAAAUGAAAUGGCAGGGCUGAGGUCCAGGUCUGAGUUGGAAACUCCAGGUGGAGGGUGGAAGUUGAACCUCUGCAGGAGACUGGUGAAGAAGAGGAAGAGCUCCAUUUUGGCAAGAGUCUCUCCAGCACAGAUCCUCCGCCCUGGAAGGAAAUGCAGAACGACCACAAGAAAACCAGUGAGAGCUGCUUCUUCAGUAUUGGAAGAAAAAUACCCUUUUAUCAGCUCUUACUCUGAAAAAGGUCCAUGGGAAUCCAGAACCUUUGAAUGCCAUAUCCUAGGUAUGAAUAAAUAACACAGUAGAUUUUUUAAAAGUCUGUUGGGUACAAGUUAUCAUAAAGAGAGGAAUUUUGAUCUUUAGAGGCAUCAUACCAAAGGCAGCUGGAGAUGGUUUUUUCUUUUCCUUUGUCUAAAUGCUUGCAUUUGGAGAUAAAUGUAUGCAAAUGUAUUCUGAAUUCCUUAACUCCAGUAUUCAAUAAAAUCUGAAUUUUUUCUUCAUA